UAAAAGCUUCUUAUUGAAUUAUCAUUUAUUAACAAUUAGACAAUCAAAUUCUCUCGCUAACAACCAAUACCCAUCAUGAAUCUUUCUGAUUCUUUUUCUUCUUAAAAAUAGUAACCAAAAAAAAAAAAAAGUGGGUGCAGAUCUCAAAUGGGUUCCCUUUGAAAAUUCUAAAAGAGUUUUUGUUUUAUUGGGGUUGAGGAGUAAUAUGGCUAUGCCAUGGGGAAUGACUCUUUGGAUGACGAAAAUGGUUUGGCUUGCUUUGAGUGGUUGGGUUUCUUCCUGCCUCAUCGUAGCUGAUGAGAUCGCUACCUCUUUCCGAACUGGUGAUAUUAGUCCUUUUCAUGUUGGCUGAAGAUUAUAUAAUACUUACUACUAUUCCAAUAUUCACCGACCCUAAACUCUGCAUGACAGGCCCUAUGGCUAGUGUUCAAAGAAAAUUCUGGCUUGUGGCUUUACGGCACUAGCAUAUUUUUUAGCAUUUGCACGCAAGAAUAGGGGGUCCUUAAGCUGCUCAAAAAAUUGAGUUCCAGUUCAAAGGAGCGACACCAUUAGGGUGACGACUCAAAUUAUUAGUUUCAAUAAUACCCCACUCUGAUUCUUCUUUCAAUUGAUAUUAUUAUCAACAAGUAGUUUCUGUUUUUUUUUUUCCUCUUUUUGAGAUCACAGUAGGUACUUGCUGAAUCUUGUAACUUGGUGUAUGUGCAAAAUGCAAUGUCAAUUACUUAAAGAUUGAGUGUGGUUAUAUAUCCAUUUCAAGAGUUUGCAGAAUGCCAAACUAACAUGAAGAGUGUGCAGAGUUUAUCAAAGUGUCCAAACUGUGAUGGUUCUGAUUGAGAUGUUAACUGGGAAAUUUGGGUUGUGUUUUGUUAUAAUAGGAUUAUACUUGUAAAUUUGAUCAUAUUUAAAAGUAAUAUUGAGUGUAUGUGGCAAUGGGUUGGUGUUAUUGGGUGGUUUGUAACAUUUGGGGCAUUGUCUUGGGUCUAACUAGGCGGCUUUACCAGUCCUCCAUUACAAGAUGAAACUUUGAAUAUCUUACCAGGUAAUUAUUAACGGACAAAAAAAGGAGUUAUCUAUUCAGUUUA